CAUCCAAGUCAUGUCUUAAGUAGUUAUCCUAUUCAUCCUAAUCAUGCAAGUCAUUCCAGUCAUCCCAAUCAACCUAGUCAUCCCAGUCAUCUCAUUCAUAUUUAUCCUAUUUAUCCUAAUCAUGCAAGUCAUCCAAACCAUCCCAGUCAUCCCAAUCAUCUUACUCAUCAUAUUCAUCCUAAUUAUGCAAACCAUUCCAGUCAUCCAAAUCAUCCCAGUUAUCCCAAUCAUCUUAGCCAUCCCAGUCAUCUCAUUAUUAGUCAUCGUGCAAACCAUUCCAGUCAUUAAAAUCGUCCGUCAUCCAAGCCAUCCAAGUCAUCUCAUUAUUAGUUAUCCUACUCGUCCUAAUCAUGCAAAUCAUUCCAGUCAUCUAAAUCAUCCCAGUCAUCUAAGUCAUCUUAUUAACAGUCAUCCUAUUCAUCCAAAUCAUCUCAGUCACCCAUGUUAUUUUAGUCAUCCCCUUCAUCCCAGUCGUCCUUGUCAUCUCAGCUUUCCCAUUAACCCCAGUCAUCCUAGUCAUCCUAGUAUCCUAGUCAUCACAGUUUUUCUAGUUAUCCCUGUUGUCACAGUUAUCCCAGUCACCUAAGUCAUCCCAGUCCUCCUGGUCAUUUCAGUAAUCUUAGUCCUUCUAGUCAUUUCAGUCAUCCAGAUCAUCCCAGUAAUCCUAGUUAUCCUAGUCAUCACAAUCAUCCCAUUCACCCUUGCUAUCCUAAUCAUCCCAGUCAUCCCAAUCCCCACUCAUCCCAGUAUCCCUAGUCAUCCCAGUCACCUCAGUCAUCUUAGUCAUCUUAUACUUCCCAGUUACUCCAGUCAUCUUAGUCAUUCCAUUUAUCCCAGUGAUUCAAGUCACCCUAGUUACCUCUUUAGUCAUCUUGGUCAUUUUGAGGGGGGUGCACAUGUGCACAAUUUGUACGGGUAGCUACACCCCUCCCAUGAAGUCGUUUACAAUAUUUUGUGACUCAAUCUUAGACAUUAAACUUCUGUUACACCCCUUGCUUAACUCUGUUCCUAUGAAUAUUUACGAGCCAAAAGUUAGCAGCGAGUCACAAAUAAGUUAACAAAUGAGUGAAAAUGAAUUCUUAUUCUUUCUCAGGCUGAAAAGAACAGCGGAUUUGGCAAACUGGUCAGAGAUCCAUCAAUAGCUCAAUACAGGAGUUCAAAAGCCAACAGUGAAGAGGCUGGUAUCACUAGAGGAUGAGUCAACUCAUUAUUAAUACCUAGUUUACUAUUUAUAUUAUAAUCAUAUAAAUUUAUUACUUACAGUUACAGCCAGUACCCUGCCUCAACACAGGUACUGGGUUUUACGAUAUUUCUGACCCAGCCCGGGAGGUCAUUGAAUGCGGGGUACAGCUGGCCCGGGGUUUUCCUCCUAGGAGCAAGUGGACGUACGGGGAGGUUUUUCACCCAGCUGUUGUUCCACAACCCCCAUUCAACAGCAAUAGGCAAAUUCAUUUAGUUUGGCAGUGAAAAAAAACCACCAAAAACAAAAACCAAAAACCGAAGAAUAAUGACUAUUUCAACUAAUAGGACUUCAUGCAUUGUUCAAAGCAGGUCCAUGGUAUUCCCAACAGGUGUGAAUUGAUUCACUUGCAAUAUUUUUCUUUUGAAUUCUACCCAUAGUUUAAUGCUUUCCAAAUUCAAAGAAAACCAAGUAUUAUUUAUCCAAUCAAAAUUCAGUCACCGUAAGAUCUUCAGCACAUUUCAGCUGUAGAGCAGAAUGCUGAAUAUGUAGUGAGAUCAAAUUUUAAUUAGGAAUUCUGUGAUUCACUAUUGGAGGGAAUACUUAAGGUAUCUGUAUUACAAGAGUAUUGAUAUAUGAUACAGUGUGUGUGCCACCUUAUUUGUACAAAUAAGUGUCACCGAGAAAGUCUUAUCAACAGUUUCCUUCUUUCUUUUUUUUUGAGUAAAUGAGUCACCAUUCAGUUUAAUUUAGCAAUUAACUGGACAGAGACUUAUCAAUUAGGCAAAGUUUUCCUAAAUUAAGCAAGUUUUUUUUUUCAAAUUGGAUUAUUUUGUUCCAAAAAAAUUCAUAUUUAGACAAAAUUUGAAAAAAAGUCUGGAGGCUUAUUUGUACUAGUCACAAAUUAAGUUCAAACCCAAGAUUCCGAUGAGUAGCACAUACAUCAUUCAAUUUUACAAAGGACAUUCACCUCAGGGAAGAAAAGAGAAAAGGGUCUAUUCUUGCAAGACAAUGGUCAAUGAAACUCUGUAGCCAAGAAUAAUUAUAUUAAUUAGUGCAUUUCCUCAGGAUCUGGCAAUUUUAUCAAAGAUGAAAGACAGUAUUUCAUCUGCUAACAAGAGACAGAGAAAUUGUUUCAAAAAAUAAUUUAAGACCAGUUUGGCCUGGUAAAGAAUAGCAAAAUUGAGCUGGACUAGUUUUGGUACGGGCUAAGGGUUCAAGGUCCCAGUGACACAUCCCCACCCAGAAAUUCAUAAAGUACCACCAUCGGGUUUAGUUUUUCACUACUCAAAGGAAAUCUUGCUAAAAUAAUAGUGAUCAUGAUAUUAUUAUAGUAUUUAAUAUAAAGUUAUAGUUGUUGGGUGGGUAAGGUUACAUAUUUUAUAGAUUAUUACAUAACUAAACCCGUAAAAGCUCAAUGAAGCCCCUAUCUGCCUCUUAAGGAGGGUUGGAGGAGUAAGAGAUGGGGGAGGGGGGUACACGAUUAGGGGGGGGAAGGAUUUUUUUGUCUCGAUAGGGAGGGGGAAAUUAGGUAAAAGGUGGUCUUUUUUAUCAAUAAUCUUGCACAAACUGGCAAAAUCUUCUUGCAUUGGCUUGAUAGAAAUCAGUUUCUGACAUUUCUUGCAAAAGGAAUGGCUUUCAAGGUAAGUUGUAGAGGAUAUAAUAACUACUAAGGGGAUCAGGUUAAAAAUCCAGUCUUAAAGAUUUAGAAGCUGCGGUCAGUGAUAGGCAUAUACAGUUGUAACAUUGUGCUGCUAGUGUAGGUGGGAGUGGCCUUGUUUUCCGCGUAAUUGCCUGGGACUACCAGUCAAAAUACAUCAGCUAUUCACUGACUUUCAUUUUCCUAGAACAGCGGGAAGCACAAUGUUGCCUGUAUCUUUAGAGGCAUGGGAAGCAUUUCAACCUUAUCACAGCAAACAUUAAUCACAUAGGCAGAAUAUUUUGACUUUGCUUUAAUUUUAUUCCUUUUGUUGAAGUUCACCACACACUCAAUUCUUUUCAUAGGUCAACCUUUUACUGCAACUCGUCUUCAUUAUAGGAGUUGUUGUGCUUCCUGUGUUAUCUCAACACAGUGGAACUAUGAUUUUUUGAACCUCCUUUGAAAAUGGAAAUUAAGGGAAAAGAAUUAGGGAGAUAUUAAGCUUUGUUUUGGGCUUUAGGCUUUCUCGCCAUUUUCUGUUUGAGAAACCCAAGGCGAAAUAUAAAAAGUAUAGUGACUUCAGGGGAAGGAAAACAAGUUUUAAUUGGAAUAAUCAAGAGGUUCAAAGAACCAGGAUUCCACUUAUACAGUGUUAGUGUACAUUUAAUUUUAGAGUUAAACAGUCUUCAGCAAGCUCAUUAGCACAGUAUUAGCUCUAAACCUCCUAAGUGAUAUAUGACCUCAGUCAGGGACUAUACAGGCUGCAGGAAAUAGUAUCACUGUACAGGUAAUGUAUGCAUCUUUAAAUUUUCAGGACAACAUCAUGGCAAUACAGAUAACCUAAGAGCUAUAAUAUAAUUAUAUGGGUAGAAUGUAGACACCUUGACCACAAAACUUGUGAUGGUCUUCCAUUAAGGGAAAAGAUAAACUUGCGCUUUGUCAGCCAAGGCAUCUCUUAGGCUAUCAGUGGCCAGGAAGCUACAGCCGGAAUUGCAUCUACAUUUACACGCUACACAGCACAGAAUGGAUAGCAAUAGCAAAGCAAUUAACCAGAGUGAUCUUAAUCCAUGAAGUCCCAGUUUCACUGUCACAAAUUCUCCUUACUGUUCCUUCUUACCUCUCUUACGGUACUAGUAAGGAGAAUCUACGUAAGUAUCAAGUAGGCAGAGUUUCAUUUUUUUUAUUGUUAAUAAGUUGAUGAUUGAGCUUGGUCUCUGUUGGCACUUCAGAGUAAGGUCGGUGCACUAAGGAUUUUGCCAUCUUCAGGUUAAUUAAUAAGAGAACUCAAAAGCAACUGGAAAUUCUUAAGAAACAGUGAGCCUGGGAAAAAUCUUAGGAAAAUUAGGAUCUUAAGUAUUAUAACGCAAAGUAGAUUAUUCAUAAGCUUACUUGAACGUUACGUCUAAGGCAAUCUCCAGUCUGCCUCUGAUUAAAUUUUUUUUUCUAGGCAACUUCAAGUAGUAAGAAUUUUUUUCCAAGUUGCUAAUUUUUUUUUAAACUAAAACAAUUUUUUAUUAACUUUUGAGAACUUAUACUUUUACACAGGUUUCACAGACUGCAGACUAUUGAUUGCAUUUAUAUUUUAUUUAAAUAUAUUAAUUUUCUUGUGUUACAUUUGCUCUCUGGAAAUUUUUUUUUUUUUCCAUAGGCUUUCAAAAGGUCUGGCAUGUUAGUUGUAGAAGUUUACUCCUUAGCAUUCUUUUUCUUUCCAUUUUCCUGCACAUAAUCAAAGCAUUAGUUGAAUACAUGUUUACAUUACGAGGGCACUUGUAGCACCAAGAAAUAUCUAGUUUUGUUUAAUAUGCUAAUGAGCUUGCACUAGUUAUCUUAAUAUUAUUAAUUUUUUGUUAGGCUUGCUUUAGCUAAGCCUUUGAAAACAGCUGACGUUUCCAGAUGCUAUCACUUGUUUUCCCGCAAAAUGAUGACUCAUGAUAUGUCACUAGUCAUAUCCGGGCAUGGCCUCUGAUUGGUUGAAACACAUUAUCCUUCUGGCCCGACCAAUCAGAAGCACUACCCAGAUCUGGGUAGUGACACAUCAUUAGUAUAGAAUUUCUUCACCUAUUCUUCAUUUUUGAGUCAUUUCAUGGGGAAACCAGUGGUGUCGUUAAGAAUUGUUGGUUGUUUUCUUAGGCCAUUAGCUUUUCAUUCUUUUUUUAAAGUUCUUAUUUAAUUUCAGACCUCAGGUGGCACACACACCAGAUUAGGAGCCCAUCACUUGGGAAAGGUCAUGUUUGAAUCUAGCCAACCUCGUCCCUGCUGGGCUGUGGAAGCUCUGCCUCUGAGAAGGUGUGAAUUCUGAUGUCCUCUGAGAUAUUCCGACUGAGAAAUCCUGAGAAACUUUGUCUGAUUCUGUAAUUCAUGCUGGGGGCAGUUGGACACUUGGAAGAUUUGGCCGUUUGUUCCCAAGUGGGAAGGACAGUGUGGAGGAAGGUGAGAGUUUGCUUCUUAUGUUCUUGGGGCUUCAUUCAUUUUGUCAUAAUACUACCCACACCUUUUUCCAAAAAAAAACGUAAGGUGCUUGUCUGCAAACAAUAUGUCUGGGAAUGUUCCACUGCGGUAGGAUGAAAAACGGGAGUGCUAACAUUGUGCUGACUAACGAAGUAGGUGAGUCGAUGGAGGAUUCGAGGACAGAGGACUGGACACUGAAUCUCACUGGUGUGGCGUGGGUGGAUUUUUACAAAUGACAUCAAAUUGAGCUGAUAGUCAUAAAAAUCUCUCUAAUGGGGGGCAACUGGUAAUGGAGUUCUCUUUUAAACCUAAAAAUUUCACAUCUUUCUCAAGCUUGCUUAGGCCUAAUAAUAAAUAACCGUUCAAACCAUCGCAGAGGAUAUAAGCAAAUCAAUUAUUAUCUUAAUUAUCAUUUCAUUCUCAUAUUUUCGGCUUGAAUUAUCUAAACCUCAUCAGAGCUAAGGUUUUAUUACAUCAACAUGUGUUGUUUUUUUGUCUGUUGUUUUUGUGUCAACUGGAAACAACAGUCAAAACAACGUGGCUGUUGAUGUUAAAGACUAACUUCUCUUUGAUAUUAUUUAAACCUUCGGAAAGGAAAAUAACUAAACCAUUUUAAUUUAGGAUUCAAUUAUUAUCUUAAUCAUCAUUUCAUUCUCAUAUUUCCGGCUUGAAUUAUUUAAAACUGAUCAGAACUAAGGUUUUAUUACAUCAACAUGUGUUGUUUUUUUGUCUGUUGUUUUUGUGUCAACUGGAAACAACAGUCAAACAAACUUGGCUGUUGAUGUUAAAGACUAACUUCUCUUUGAUAUUACUUAAGCCUUCGGAAACCUAGAUAACUAAACCGUAUUAAUUUAGGAUCAAAUUAUUUCGAUUAAAUUAACUUGGUUAAUCAGACUGCUGUGGAAGUCUUCUCUAUUUCCUUUUUUUGAACGGGACAUAGAGUAGAUUUCCUUGGCUUGUGUGAUAAAUCAAGUUAAUUUGACCUUCAUGCUUUAGGUUCGGUUGUAGGCAUAAAUUUAUAAACAACGUUUUAUCAUAAGCAUAGAUUUUAGUAUCUUCCUUAAAUUUUCAGCUAAUUUCAUUCAGCAGUGACUUCAAUUGAUACAUUAAAAUCGGCUUUCCCAUGAAGGACUGGAACAUGCUUUUUCUUUCUUUCUUUUCUUUUUUAAUUUAAACAACGCAUUUGACUAGUUCCAGUCUUUUGUUGGAAACCUGAUGUUAAGUAUCCGUUCCGGUCACGACAGCUGAAACAUCUCUAGGGAAAUUGGCUCAAAUUACUAUUCCGGCAAAUUUUCAUUAUUAUGCGGAUACUCAUCGCGGCUAGCUGCAUAAAAUUAAGACUUAAAUCAAAUCCAAGUUUUUCCAGCUAACAUUUAAUUUUACUUUAUAGGAUAAAAAAAUAUAUAUAUUCCCGCUAAUUUCCGUAAUUUCCUUUUCCGUUUCGAAAUGCGAAAAUUUGUCCGUUAUUUUCAUUAGAAGUAAAAGGAUCCAAAAUUUAACUUAAAUGAAAUAUUUAUUUACAAAGUCGCUCUAGAUCUAAUCCCUUUGGCGAAAUUUGAAGGCGAAAUCUAUUCGGCACUGAUUCUAAAUAACGGCAUCCUAAUUCAUAAUAGGGCGGGCAAAUUUAGAUAUUAAGAAACAUUAAGACCAAAACUCAAUCGCUGCACAUCGGCAUUUUAGGAUAAAUGAUAAUAAACGGCGUUAGAAUAAUAUCUUAUUUCACCUAAACACUAAUCACUAAACAUUAAAAUAGGGCGAGAGAAGUCCAGCAUUAGUUGCUUCGCAGAGGAGAGAUUAUUAUUGACUUGUGCUCUUUGGUGAAGUUUGUGAAAUGAAGGUCAGUCAGACCAGCGCGAUUCUUUGUUCAAUUCUCUGCCUUCGUUUCUGACGGAGACUCAUUUCGAAAAGUGAGUUAGACUCUGUAGCACCCUCUUUUUUCUUGUCCGAGUCUCUGGAUAUUUUCACGAUAUAUUGACUUUGCAGAUACGCGUCUUCAACUAAAACAAAUUAUAUUUUUCGCUGAAAAUUAUUUUUGGCCGGUGUGGUAUUGUGACAAAGUUGAAUGAGACCCUGUGGGCAUGAGGAGCAAACUCUCACUUUCCUUUACGCUGCCCUCCCCAUUUGGGGACAAACGGCUGAAUUUUCUAAGUGUCCAACUGCCCCCAGCUUGAAUGAAGGGAUCAGAUAAAACAGACCAGGAUUUUAAAGUUGGAAUAUCAAAUGAGGACAGAAGAAUGAACACCGACUCGGAGCAGAGUGGAGGCAGCCCGGCAGGGGCGGGGAAGGCUAGAUUAUUUUCUUUUAAAUAUUUUUUAUUGCAAAUAAAUGGACAACAGAGACAAGCUUUAUUCGUUCAAUAAAAUACUGUUAUCUUCAGUACCUGUGCUGUUUACUUUGUAAUCCAACUACUUGAGUGAACCAGAUAAAACCCCUUAAGGCUCAGACACAGUAAAACAUUACGCGCAGUGAAGGCUAGUUUUUACUAACGACAUGAACACAAGCGUCAGUUUAGUAAAGACAUCAACAACAAAAGCAUCAGCACAACUUUAGGAAACCCACGCACUUAUUAUAUUUCUUCUGCCGCGCUACGAAUUAACACAACAUAAGCACAAGCAAGAUAAACCAAAACAAAGUUUGUUUUAUUGUGUUCGGCUCGUGUUGUGUUAAUCCUUUACGACGAGAAAACAAGAAUAAUCUUUGUGCUCACACCUUCAGUUUUGUAUUUUAAUAAACUUCAGUUGUUGAUGACCUCGCUAAACUUAAGUCUGUGGUACGCUGCCAGUUAAAACCAGCCUUAAAAUUCCACUGUAUUUCCACCCCUGAAGAACUUAACCGAAAUGUUUCAAAGCAAAAAAAAAAAAUACUUAUGGGAGUAGAAACACAGUGCAGAGUUACUGCGCGUAAUGUUUUACUGUUUGUCCGAGCCUUACAAUAAGCCAAGUUCUGCUUUGCAUAUUAUAAAGCUUUAAGCAAUCAACAAAGCGACGGCAGCAAGAUCGGCACUUGAAAAAAAUAAUUAGCAGUUAUGCGAACAUCAUUUAUUGUCUAACUUUUCUCAGCAUUUUAAUUGAUUUGCCUUUUAACUUAAACUUUGAACGCGCACGUUUUGAAUUUGAUAAUUGAUGGCGAAAUGUUUGUGUUCGGUCUCUAAUCCUUGAAUUUUUUAUUAUUACUUUUCUUGUUGCUUGCAUACAAAAGCGAAUAAAUGAAGCGAGCGAGCUGGGAAAGCUUUCUGUUGUUUUAAUUUUCUCAGCAUUUUAAAUUUACCUAUUAAUUUGAACUUUGUACGCGCGCGUUUUGAAUUUGAUGUAAUUCGGUUAAAUGUUUGUGUUCUCAAAACCUUGAACUUCUGAUUAUCACAUUCUCGUAUUUUUUUUCGUACAAAAGCGGAUAAAUGUGCAAAAAAAUAAAAGCGAGCGUGCAUAUAAAGUCUUUUGUUAGGUGCCAUUGUUGUUGCCGUCUUCAUUUGUGAUUCAGUUGUGCUCCAAAAGUUGAAAAAACAUAGGGAACAAAUUUCAGACUUUUUCAGUAAGCGGUUUGUUUUGCGUUAAACGGCAUCCCACAAAAUACAUGUACAUAGAAAAAAAACCUAACAGAAAAAACAUCACUGUGCUCUAAAUUCCAUGUCUCACUUGCGUGUGAUCUUCUUCGCGGCCGUUUUUUGGCCUCACGACUUUGCGUGACGAGCCAAAAUAACGGCCAAAAAGAAGACUCCAAGUUUGAUACGAGUUGAUGUUAAUAAGAAUUUGCACAUGUAUUUAAGGAUUGCAUUGUUACUGCAAAACAAAGUGCCUAUCUGAAGGGGUUACCGUGAACUUUCAGUCCCAAGCUUUAACAUGUUAUUCUCUUUACUAACUGCUGCGGAUUUUCUGUACCAUCAGUUCUGAGAAUUUGACAAUUAAUCAAGACAAAGCCUCCCCUUUCAUGAUAAUUAUGUUUAUUUUCAACACCCUUCCUGCUUGGUAGUUUACUCAAAGAAGUAAAGAGAAAUAACAUGUUGAUCACUCUGGAGUUGAAAAAGAUGAGUGCAAGUUUUCAAAAUCUCCUCACUUUACCUCCUCAGAAGCACACUAAAUUUUCCACGCCCAGUUUUACUCAGUGCUUGUCAAACGUACUUUAAAACACUGCGGCAGAAAUUUUCAGUGGUGACUCUAUUUUAAUCAUUUCAUUGUUGCUGUUGUUGUUGAUGUUGUUGUGUAAUUCUUAUUCCACUUUGCAAGCAGUACACUGAUUAUAUUGGCAAAAUUAAUUCAACGAAUGUCAGAAUGAGAGCCACAAGAUUCAUACUUAAAGCACCUGUUGCUGUUUUCCACAAAGAGGUUUGAAGAUUAGGCACGCAAUCCAAAUUCACAAUCAAUUAAAACAAAUUAAAGGAAUAAUCCAGUUCACUCAUGCCAAAUCCUUUUUUCUUGUGAUGAAAACUGUGUAGCCUAAAUUUUUCCCGAAAGUGGGAAUGAAAAUGGCAGUGAAUUUAACAAUUUAGACAUUUUAUUUUAAAACAACAAAUUUGCCUACGCCUGCAGUUUUACCUAAGAACAAACGCUCCCCUUCUCCCACCACUCCUACCACCCCCACCCCCCUCCCCACCACCAAACGAUGUCUUAGGUUGGCUGAUGGGUUGAUUGGUUGUAUAACUAUUGUAAUUGUUGAAAUAAUUAGCAGCCAGCAAGAGGCACUACACUUCACAUCAUUAAUGUGAAGUGUAUUCAGUCAUUCCCAAGACAUAUUUCCAUGUUGGGAAAUUGCUGGUUGAAGCAAGAAGAGAUUUGAAAUGCACUCAUCAAGUUCACAGAAAACGAACAAACGAGUCAGCACAGAUAUGCAGUCUACCAACUAUACCAUUAAAAUACAAAUACAAAAUAACGCCACUGUGAAUUGGUCAGAUCCUCCUGCUGUCAUACAGGUCAGUUCAAACAUCGGUCUGUCUUUUGAAACAGUUAGGUUAAAUGUCAACCGUUCUGCACUGAUUCUGGUCAGUCAGCAUAAAAAUCAACAGACACUCAGUUAUUCAGUUUGACAAAUCCUUGUUCGGCCAGUAUUCAAACAAGUCAGUCAGUAACAAGUUUGGAAAUUUUUUCCAGUCAUCCCAGUCAUUCCAGUCAUUCUAGUCAUCCCAGUCAUCCAAGUCAUCCUAGUCAUCCCAAUCAUCCCAGUCAUUACAGUCAUCCCAGUCAUCCCAGUCAUCCUAGUUAUCCCAGUAAUCUGAGUGAUCCCAGUCAUCCCACUUACCCCAGUCAUCACAGUCAUCCUAAUCAUCCCAGUCAUCCUAGUCAUUCCAGUCACCCUAGUCAUCCUGGUCAUCCCAGUCAUUCCAGUCAUUCCAGUCACCCUAGUCAUCCUAAUCAUCCCAGUCAUCCCAGUCAUCUCAGUCAUUCCAAUCGUCCUAAUGAUCCCAGUCAUCCCAGUCAUCCUAGUCAUCUCAGUCAGUAGUGUUAUAUUAGCCAUAAAGCCGAUAAAUGUUAAUCCAGGAGAAAACUUAUAAUGACCACGGUUUUUGCAUUUAAGUUUUCUGAUCAUGAGCACUUCACCAACAGGUACAUGUCUCUUAGAAUUUUCAAUCAAAUCAAUCAAAUUAUUUUUGUUCUUGAAACCAAAAAGAUUUCAAUGCGUUUCAGCUGUCUUUGUAUUGUGAUUCCCUGCAAACAUAAAACUGGCUAUUGCACGCAUUUAUUCAAUGUAAAAUGUCUAAUUCAUACAAAAUCAACAGAAAUACUGAAUGCAUCCCUUAAAAAUAAUGUUUUUAUUUGCUUGGUCUUGAAUAACUAAUAUCAUUUAUUCAGAAGUCAAUCAUAAAAUAUUUGUUCGACCCUGCUGAUUUUCGUUAUACACUUUUGACGUGCCAGUCACUAAAUCACCAACAGCUGUAGCUGUUCAGGACAACACUCAAUAAGAUGAUUCUGCGUUCAGUUACUUUAUUUGCACCAUAAUAAUGUUGACUGAGCUGUACAACGGUACUUGAUUUAAUUUAUUUUGGAAUUUUGCUCUUUUAUGUUUCAUUGUAUUUUGUACGCUUUUUUAAGUUUUUACCGUUGUUAUCGUUGUUUUAUUACUGGAAAAAGUAAGAUUCAUAAAUGUCUACUCCCAAAAGUGGUACACUUGAUGGUGAAAUAACUGUGAAAUGUAAGAAUUUGGUCCAAUAUAUAUAUUACAACAGCUUUCCCUGGAUUAGCUUAAUCAAACUUUGAAAUCACCUGGUCAUCCCAGUCAUCCUAGUGAUGCCAGUCAUCCAAGUCAUCCCACCCACUCUAGUUGCCCUAGUCGUCCCAGUCAUCUUAGUCAUUCCAGUCAUGUUUGUACUCCCACAAAUCCCAGUCAUCUCAGUCAUUCCAGUCAUUCCACUCAUCCCAGUUAUUGUAGUCACCCAAGUCAUCCUAGUCAUCCCAGUCAUCUCAGUCACCCUAGUCAUCCCAGUCAUCUGAGUGAUCUCAGUCAUCCCACUCACCCUAGUCAUCACAGUCAUCCCAGUCACCCUAGUCAUCAAAGUUAUCCCAGUCAUCCUAGUCACCCUAGUCAUCCCAGUCAUCUUAGUCAUUCCAGUCAUGUUUGUACUCUCAUAAAUCCCAGUCAUCCUUGUCAUCCCAGUCACCUCAGUCAUUCCAGUCGUUCCACUCAUCCCAGUUAUUGUAGUCACCCAAGUCAUCCUAGUCAUCCCAGUCACCCUAGUCAUUGUAGUCAUCCCAGUGAUUUGAGUGAUCUCAGUCAUCCCACUCACACUAGUCAUGACAGUCAUCGCAGUCACCCUAAUCAUCAAAGUUAUCCCAGUCACCCUGGUCAUCCCAGGUACCCUAGUCAUCCCAGUCAUUCCAGUCAUCUUAGUGAUCCCAGUCAUUCCAUUCAUCCUAGUCAACCUAGUCAUCCCAGUUAUUUCAGUCAUCCUAGUCAUCCCAGUCAUCCCAGUCAUCUAAGUGAUCUCAGUCAUCCCAGUCACCCUAGUCAUCCCAGUCACCCUACUCAUCACAGUCAUCCUAGUCAUCUUAGUGAUCCCAGUCAUUCCAGUGACCCUAGUCAUCCCAGUCAUCCUAGUCACCGUAGUCAUCCUAGUUAUUCCAGCCAUCCCAGUCAUCUAAGUGAUCUCAGUCAUUCCCAUCCU